CGACCUCGCGCAAUAUUCCUCGAAAAUCCAUCGUCCCGCGGAUCCACGAAACUUCAUUUUCAUUUUUCUUCGCAUUUUCACACCUGACCCUCAGGCCUGAAUGAUCGCGCUCUCUCGGAGGGGACACCCCAGGGGAGAGGGCAGCCAAUGUGAUGGCAAAGUGACACCAGCGGAGAUUCAAGAUUAUUUCCGCAGACGACUCGCGAAUUCGCGAAGUGCCUCGCAGCUUUAACAUUAUUUCGUCUGGCGAAGGUGCGCCGGAAGUCAACCGCCGGAACAUGGCGCUGUUUCCUCGAGUGUCGCACACCCGCGUAUUGAAGUGCCCGACGUGAAUGGAAAUAGUCGAAUUAUUUUUAUCAGCCAUUCACGCCUUCUUCGGAAUUUCGCAUUCCUCGGGGGAUUUUCGCGAUUGGAAUUCACUGUGAAUGAGGGACUCGCGGCACUGGGGAACCGGAAGUGCGCAGAGAGUCUGAUGUACUCGGCGUUGGUGAUAUUCAAUUUGACGGACCGAUGAGACUAAGCUGAGAAAUAGAAAAAAAUCAGAGGGCAGGAUGGGCUCUUGCAGUGUGUACCUUUCUCAACUCCGGGCUAUGCUCGUGAGAAAUUUACUGCUCAAGAAACGGGAGAAGCGAAAGACUACUGCGGAGGUUUUCCUUCCUCUGUGGACCCUGGGAAUUCUCAUCGUGGUUAAAGUUUUGAUACCAAAUCCAAAUUAUCCUGCCAUGAAAACGCAACGACAGGACGGUGAUAUAUUUGAGUUCUUCAAUGGAUAUAGAAACAAUACAAUAACUGUUGUACCAAAUUCAACGGAGACAGUUAGCUUCUUAAAUUCAAUGAACACCCUGUGGCAGUCGAUGUGGGGUUCCUCAGGAAACCCUCUAAACUUUAUGGUAUUAGAGACUAAGGAUGAUCUACAAGCGGCUUAUUGGCGCGAUCCGUACAGCAUACCACUGGCUGUUAUAUUCGAGGAUCCACAGCCAAUCAGCCGUCGUUUGCAAUACGAGAUACGUACAAAUCCCUCGUACACAUCGCCCCCCUCGCCAACCGAAUUCUACUCAUCUCCAGUCACAUGUCGAAAGGACACCAGCCACUGGCUGGGGGGAGUCCUCUCGAUAGAGACUGGAGGCUCCUGUCCAGUCAAUGAUUACCUGCACUCUGGUUUCAUGGCUCUACAGAUGAUCAUAGACAUGACGAAAAUUCGGCUCGACACAGGAAACAGCGAGGUCACAGUGCCAGAUGUGAAGCUCGAGAUGUUUCCUAAGGAGGCUUACACUGCUGACUGGAUGCUGGCAUUUAGAGUUGUUAUACCACUCUACAUGGUUCUAGCACUUUCACAAUUUAUAACUUAUCUUUUGAUAUUAAUUGUGGGGGAGAAGGAGAAUAAGAUUAAAGAGGGGAUGAAGAUAAUGGGUUUGAAGGACUCAGUAUUUUGGAUGUCGUGGUUCAUAAUCUACAGCAUUUUCGUGCUAGUCCUCUCAGCAGUGGCAGUUGUCCUCCUCUUCACCCUCCAGAUGUUCCAGCACACUCACUUUCUCCCAAUAUUCCUCCUGGUAGUCCUCUACUCCUUCUCCGUGAUAAUGUUUGCCUUCAUGAUAACCCCAUUCUUCGACAAAUCCCGGACAGCCGGUGUUCUCGGCAACUUCGCCGUGACAAUUCUCAGUCUGAUGUACUUCAUCCAAGUAUUCGUCGACGACUCGAGCUCAAUAUCAUUCUGGGUGGUGUCGAUCCUGAGUCCGACUGGCGUCGCCCUUGCCAUGGACAAAGCCCUGGUGCUAGAUCUCCAAGGGGAGGGAGUGAAUUUCGAUAAUUUGUGGUCAGGGCCGGGCAUACCGUUCGGUGGUAGUUUAGUAAUGAUGACACUGGACAUAUUUCUGUACGGGCUGCUCGCUUACUACCUGGACUCCGUUGUCCCGAGUGAGUACGGAGUGAAGAGGCCACCCUGGUUCUGCUUCACUCGCGGCUACUGGUGUAAGAAAAAGGUCCAGAGGAUACCCUCAUCAAACGGUGAAUCCAAUUCAUUUAUCCCCGAGGAGGAGGCCAAUCGCGAUGUCGAGCCAGUAGUGAGAGAGAUGAAGGGACGAGAGGCGAUCAGAAUAGUCGACCUUUACAAGUCUUACCAGAAGUGUCGAAAGCCGGAGAUAAAAGCGGUCAACGGCAUUAACUUAACUAUUUACGAGGGUCAGAUAACAGCCAUUCUGGGGCACAAUGGGGCUGGGAAGACAACCCUGUUCAAUAUAUUAACGGGCUUGACAGCCCCAACAGCGGGUACUGCUCUGAUAUUUGGGUACGACGUGAGGGACUCCAACGACAUGCAGAUGAUCAGAAGUAUGACAGGCGUUUGUCCUCAGCACGAUAUCCUUUUCGAUUUGCUGACCCCUCGUGAGCAUCUCGAGUUCUUCGCUGCUGUGCGCGGCAUUCCUCGCUCCGAAAUUGAUAUCGAAGUCAAGAAGACCUUGAAGGACAUUGACCUGCUGGAGAAGGCCGACACCUUCGCAAAGUAUUUGAGUGGUGGACAGAAGAGAAAGUUGUCGGUCGGCAUUGCUAUAAUUGGGGAUCCCAAGAUCAUUAUUCUCGAUGAACCAACGGCCGGUGUUGAUCCUUACUCGAGAAGACAGAUGUGGUCGUUCCUGCAGUCCAGACGACACGGAAAAGUCAUCCUCCUGACGACACACUUCAUGGACGAGGCUGACAUUCUGGCUGAUCGAAAGGCCGUCAUCAGCCGAGGAAAAUUGCGCUGCUGCGGGAGUUCCUUGUUCUUGAAAAAUAAAUUUGGGAUUGGUUACCACUUGACCCUCGUCCUGGAGGGCAAUGGAAGGGUCCAUGCCAUAUCGAGACUGGUGACAUCGCACGUUGCUAAAGCCGAGAAGGCGAGACGACACGGAAGGGAGCUGAGUUUCAUUCUUCCUCACAACUCGGUGGAAAAUUUUGCCCCCCUGUUUUCGGCGAUCGAGCACGAGAUCAAGACGAGAGGUAGCAGGCUCGGAAUAAGCAGCUAUGGGGUUUCCAUGACGACCCUCGAGGAGGUGUUCCUACACCUCGAGAAGGACGAGGAGACCGAAUGCACCAUGGACAAUUUGUCCAAGAAGAUGGUGAGAAAUAGAGCGCUCAGCAGAUCAUUAUCAUUGCAAUCGAAAAGUACUUCUUAUCAGAGCCUACAGAAUGAGGGUGCCACUGUGCAGGUUGAUGGACAAGUUAAGGGCGCUGGUGGUGAGCCCGAUGGAGUUCAUACCGAUAAAAAUCCAGCUAUUCUAGGCCUUGGACUAGACCCCAUCAAGAUUCGGCCUAAUUUUUUUCAGACACUCUACGCUAUGUUGAGACUGAGGUGUCUGAGAUUGUUCAGGAAUAUUCAGUUGCUUUAUUUUACUAUUGUCGCGCCACUUGCUCUCGUCGUACUUGGGUUGUACUUGAAUAGUAUUCAGACUGUUGAAGUUAGGAUGCAGUCGCUUGAGCUCAAUAACAAUACGUACGGCAAGGAAACGAGAAUACUGUAUACAAAUCGCACGGAGCGUGACAUAUUGCCGAUGAUGCACCAGAUCAAUCAGAGUGUGUUUGCGUUGAGAGAGUACGAUGGUAAUUACACGGAUCUGCUGACCAUUGCUCCAUACAUGGCAGUAUUAAAUAUCGAUGACUACGACAAGCGUCGGAUGAACUUGACCAUCACCUAUAACGACACCAUGCAGCAUUCGUUGCCCAUUGUUAUGAACAUAAUAUCGAACGCGUAUUACAGGUUCUUGGCCGGCAAUGACGCCUCAACGUUGAUCGAAGUCCGGACCCACCCGUUCCAGCAGACGUCGCAGCCCCAAGAAUUCAACAUAGGAAUAGCCAGUUCGGCCCUCUUCAUCGGCAUGAACUUUGUCCUAGUUCCAAUCACCCUCGCCGUCGACAUGGUGUACGAUCGCGAGAUAAAAACGAAGAACCAACUCCGAGUCAACGGUUUGUCCUUUCCCAUGUACUUCUUAACCUACUUCAUCGUCCUAGUAUGCCUGAUGUCCUUCAUCUGCCUCUGCAUCCUCGGCAUAAUUUUCCUGUUCGACGUGCCAUCCCUCCAGGAGGUGCCAGCAAUCCUGACCCUCGGCAGCCUCCUGAUGCUCUACUGUCCCUCCUCGAUCCUCUUCUCGACCUGCCUCAGCUACAUCUUCGACAAGAUGGACUCGGCCCAAAGCAUCCUCCCAAACAUAGCAACCUUCUUCGGACUGAUCCCCUUCAUCCUAGUCAUGAUCCUGGACAUGCUGGGUCUGGGUGGGACAGCAGCAUUCGCCCUCCACUGCGUCUUCUCCCUCCUCAACUCCAUGUACGUGCCGUACGCAGCUGUCUACUACGUCGACCGUGUCCACCUCAUGUGUUCCAUCAACGCAGCAUGUCACCACCUCUCCAUAUCGGAUUACCUAACACCGGAGAUACUGGUGAUGGCUCUGGGUGUUAUCCUGCACUGCCCCCUGUGGUUCUUCGUCCUGCUGAUUCUCGACGUGAAAAAGUCCGGUGGUAAAAUCAGUGAAAUCUUCAAGUACUUUAUCAGAAAUGGUGGCGCCAUAGGCGAAGAGAUAAUGGAGAACAACGACAUCGGCGAGCACGAGGACACCGAUGUCAAGAACGAGCGUCAGAAGGUCUUCAACUUCAUAACAUCGUCCUCGGUGCAAGAGCCACCAGUUGUUUUAGUACAAAAUUUGAGGAAGGAGUAUCGACAGAGAGAGGCCGCUACGUCCUGUGGCUGCUGCAAUAAGAGUGAUUUGCAGCAGGAGCAGGCGAUUCAGCCGAAGAAAGUGGUGGUGAGAAAUUUGUCCCUUGCAGUUGAGCCCGGUGAGGUAUUCGGGCUUCUUGGGCACAACGGGGCCGGCAAGACAACCACCAUGAAGAUCAUCAUAGCUGAGGAGGCUGCGACGAGAGGGAGGGUCCAGUUGGGUGGACACAAUAUACAUUCCCACAUGGCAGAGGCCUUUAGGCAGAUGGGUUACUGCCCUCAGCAUGAUGCCCUCUGGAAAAAUAUCACUGUCAGGGAGCAUUUGGAGCUGUACGCCGCCCUGAGAGGUGUGCCGUGGAAGGACGUCGACAGAAUUGUCGAUCUUUAUCUGUCUGGAUUGCAGAUACAAGAGCACGCUGACAAGCAGACGCAGGAGUGCUCAGGGGGGACUCGAAGAAAGCUCAGUUUUGCUAUGGCUAUGGUGGGGGGCCCCAAGGUCGUCCUCAUGGAUGAACCCAGCACGGGGAUGGAUCCCAGGUCCAAGAGAUUCCUCUGGGACACCAUUCUGGCUAGCUUUCAGGGGGGCAGGGGGGCCAUUCUCACGACCCAUUCCAUGGAGGAAGCUGAUGCACUUUGCUCAAGGGUCGGGAUUAUGGUCAAGGGGGAACUCAGGUGUAUAGGCUCAACUCAACAUUUGAAGAAUUUAUAUGGCGCUGGUUAUACGCUUGAGAUGAAACUACUCGGGGGUGAUUCUACCCCUACGACACCGUCGGGGGAUAGGAUUGCCACGCUCAAGGAAUUCGUUGCUGGCCUCUUUCCGGAUGUUACGCUUGAGGAGAGCUUUGCGGAUAGACUGGUGUUCGGGGUGCCUCAGCACGCUGUUCAGUCGUUGGCUGAUUGUUUCAUGCAGUUGGAGAAAGCUAAAUUGGAGCUGGAUAUCGAAGAAUACAGCUUCAGUCAGACAACCCUGGAGCAAGUAUUUUUAAAAUUUUCCCACUACGACGAAGUAAGCAGUGAAUUAUAAUGCAAAAGUUGAUAAUAACCUAAUUAUUGAAAAAUGUUUUCGAGCAUUGAAAAAAAAAUAGUAACAAUAAGAUAAGAUAAUCCAUUCCAAGAUUGAAAAGAGACAUUGCCUCGAGUCCAAUAUAUGGAGGUGGAUGCGUUAGAGAGAAGAAUUUUAUCAAAUUGAGAGAAUUCCCGUGGGUGCGAGAGAUUGAAUUUUUUUCUCAUUCACUUUUUUUUGUCACGUCGAGUGGUGAAAGAGGGUCGGGGACCACAGAGGGAAUGUGUUCUACGAGUAAUUGAAGAAUAUAAUUUUUAGUGUAGCAAUGAAUUCAGCUUCAGUCAGCAACAUUCCGUGAAAGCGAAAUGGAGAGGUCUCCUGAAUAACCAAUGAAUUAAAUAAUGAUGAACUAAUUGAAUAUUGGAAAUUAAUCCGUCAUUAUGUCGUGAAUGAAACAACGGGAAAAGGAAGAAAUAUCAUUCUGUAAAUAGCGGCAGUGGCGCCUUGUUAAUUUGUAAUGAAAAUUAUUGAUUCAGAAGUUUAUGUUUAGAAAAUGAGAGAAAAUGAAAAAAUUCAAGUAUAUUUUUAUCCUUUCGGACAAUCGUGAGUGAUGAAUUUUCACACAACUGUGAUUGACAUGAGAUUUCUCAAUCAAUAACCAUGUUUUUAUUUACUCUUAAUCGAACGUCGACCAUCGGAGAUGAUAAGUGGGGAAAAAAUAAACAAUUUUUUUUCCAUAUAUUAUUUAUCGAUUGUCCAUUUAUUGUCUUUGGGGUGCGUCCGAGAGUUGCAAUAAAUUUAAGUAGAAAUUUUUGAAAAUACGGAGAAUUUGAUAUGUAUUUCCUUCCCCCUAGUAUGCAAUCAGAAUGAGAUUUGUACAUAAUAGCAAGUAGAUAUCGUAAAUAUUAACUACACGAUUUGGCAAAUUUUCCCGCUUCGAUUUCGAAUUAAUGAGUACCAAGUAAUUCGAGUGAAACGAAGAAAACCAAUGCCCUCUUUAAAUUUCUCCAAAUUCGUCUGAAUACCCGAGACGCUAGAUAGUUGAUUCUAAAAAUAAACCUCUUCAUUUCUUAUUUGUUCAAAAUGCUCAGACAAUUAGUCGAACAUUAUCUUUUUCUACUUGAAUACGAAAGCCCAGUGUGGAUCCUAUGAGGACUGAUUAUUCAAGUUUGCUGGUCAUUAGUCUGAGUGAUGAAAGAGACCUUUAUUAAAAACUUUUCAAUGUUGAUAAUUCUCAUUCGCCGUUAUGACAACGAGACGAUUUUAGAGAAUAGAUUUGUAAAUAAUUUGCACCGGUCUCUCGAUGGACGUGCAGUAGAGUGAGAGAAAUAAAUAGACGAAUAAAAGUUCGAGUGAGAAGUGAGAACAAAUAAUUGGGUGCGGCAGGAUGAAAAGAACUACUGAAAUUCAAACAAAUUAUUGCAUGAGAAUUCUUCCCAUCGGGAAAGUGUGAUGAACCGAGUUUAAAAUCAUUCAGAGAUGCUGAAUAGUUACAAUAAAUGUUUAAAAACUCGAGGUGAGUGACAAGUCUGGCCGCCAUAUUGCUUGGAGACCCCUUCCCUGAAGCCCAAGAGACUCCCAAGAUGGCGGCGCGCAGACCUGUUCCACCUCACGUUUUUAAACAUUUUUUAAAAUUAUUUCUUGACUUCGGACGCCCCUCAAAUGGCGGCAUCACAGUCUCGUGAUGGGAAGAAUUUAGAUGUGACAAUUCUCGGCCAUAAAUCUUAUACAAAUUAUUGCAUAAGAAUUUUUCCCAAUUGGAAAGUCUGAUGAAACGGGUUGAAAAUAAUUUGGAGAUGCUGAAUAAUUACAAUAAAUGUUUAAAAAGCCGAGGUGAGUGGCCGCCAUAUUGCUUGAAGCCCCCUUCCCUGAAGCCCAACGGACUGCUAAGAUGGCGGCGCGCAGACCCGUCCCACCUCGCGUUUUUAAACAUUUCUUUAAAUUGUUUAUUGACUUCGGACAACCCUCAAAUGGCGGUAUCACAGUCUCGUGACAGGAAUAAUUUAGAUGUGACGAUUUCCGGCCGUUACGAGUCAAUGAGCGAGGAGAAUUCGCCGAGAAAACCUUAGCCUUAGUUUCAGUAGUUCGAAAAAAAUUCGUGCAGAACCUCAAUUCAACACGAAGUUGAACUGUUUUUAGAAAACGAGCCUGAAUAUAUGGAAAGAUAUAUCAAGAGAGAUAAUUAAAUACCAGAAGGACUGAUUGAUUAUUCCUAGUUUGAAAUGAUAGGUAGUUAAUUAAAUCAAUCUAAAAUCAAUGAGUAACACGAAUAACUGAAAAAAAGGAUGUAAAUCACAUUUUUUUCAUAAAUCCGAAUCGUUUGUAAAUAUCAUACCGGAUGACAAGAGCAUUCAUGUUACAUAAAUGAUUAAAAAAAUGAAUAGAUACGCAUUAACGUAAGGUAAUAAAAAAAAUCUUAGACACAGUCAGGUUUUUACGUGCGCAUCUCAUUCUCUCUAGCAAAAGCAAAAAAGAAGAAAAAAUGGUGAAAUAGUGUGCAAAUCGUCGCACGUUCUAAUUAAUUCAAUGAAAAAAAGUAGCGAAAGGAAAACAUAAAUUUUAGUCAAUUAUGAAAAUUAUGAAGUAAAAAACUAAAUGAGAAAUUGAGUCGCAAAUCGAGUUUAAUGACUAAUAGAAUUGCGUCACGUUUUAUGGAGUUGAUGUAACAAUUUUUUAACGACAGAAAUUUUGAAUGAAACCAAAAAAAAAAGAAAAAAAAUCAACGAGAAGUACGAAAAACUGAUUACCACAAGCACCAGGCUCAUUGUUCAUUAAUUUCUCAAUUUAUUUAUUCAACUAUUUAUUUAUUGAUUUGUGAAUGAAAGAAAUUACG